AGGCAAGAAACCAAAUAUUGCAGUGUAAAAAAAUGGGCAUUAUUGGUAUUAUUACAUUAAAAUGAUUUUAUGUUUUAUUGAUCUUCUCUAUAAUAUGAUUUUACAGGUAGAAAUGGAGGCAUGGAUAAGAAGAAGACCAUUGCCAUUGCCAUUGCCAUAGGAGCAGGGUGUUUCCUUCUAGCAGGCUUGCUCUUCUUGCUCAUUCGAGCCAAAUCUUCUGGCUCUUCAAGAAGAAAUUGGAAGAAGAAAACUGGCAAUGCUGGUAACGUUCGUGACGUCGAAGAGUUCUUAGAAAUCUGUGGAACCUUUGCUCUAAGAAGAUACACCUAUUCAGAUCUCAAGAAGAUUACCAACUCAUUCAAGGAUAAUUUAGGCCAAGGAGGGUGUGGUGGUGUGUUCAAAGGUAUGCUACAGGACGAUCGUCUUGUGGCCGUGAAGGUCCUGAAUGAAUCCAAGGGCAACGGAGAAGAUUUCAUUAAUGAGGUGGCCAGCAUUGGUAGGACUUACCAUGUGAAUAUCGUCUCACUUCUAGGUUUCUGUUCGGAGGGGUCUAAAAGAGCACUCAUCUAUGAGUUCAUGCCGAAUGGAUCUCUAGAAAAAUUCAUCUACACCGAGAAACCAAGAGAAUCACAUCCCUUAGGGUGGGAAAAACUCUACCAAAUUGCAAUAGGUGUAGCUCGAGGACUAGAGUACUUGCACCGUGGUUGCAACACACGCAUUCUACAUUUCGACAUAAAACCGCAUAACAUUCUUCUAGAUCAAGAUUUCUGCCCCAAGAUCUCAGAUUUUGGACUAGCGAAGCUGUGCCCCACACAAAAAAGUACUGUAUCUGUGUUGGGUACCAGGGGGACCGUUGGAUAUAUUGCCCCUGAAGUAUAUUGUAGAAACAUUGGCGGUGUUUCCUACAAGUCAGAUGUUUAUAGCUAUGGUAUGAUGGUACUGGAAAUGGUUGGAGGAAGAAAGAACAUUGAUCCGCUUGUGGAGAACACCAGCGAGAUAUAUUUUCCUCAUUGGAUAUACAACCGUCUCACUACAUACAGCCAUCUUGAUCUACAUGGAUAUCUAGGUUUACAUGGAAUUGCAACCAAAGUUGAAGAAGAAACAGCAAGGAAGAUGAUCUUAGUUGGUUUAUGGUGCAUCCAAACCAACCCAACAGAUCGGCCUUCAAUGAGUAGGGUGGUGGAGAUGCUGGAAGGAAGCCUUGAUGACUUGCAAAUGCCACCCCAGCCAUUUCUAUCUUCUUCUUCAUGAAUUGAUCAUAAAAAGUUCUGAGACUUCAAUAUCCUACGAUAAUUUCUUUCACAAUUGCUUGAAAACAAAACAAUAUAUAUUUUAGCCGAUGCAUCAUAUUACAAAUAAAAUUGCAUUUGUCAUAUGCAUUAGUCACUAGCAUUAGAUGUGGUAGAUUUCUUUCAUGAAUUGUUCCACGCGCUUGUAGUUGUUCUCGUAAAAUCGCUCUACUGCGACAGAACGCCCGUCGUGAAACUAACCUGAAGAAAAGAAGUAAAAUUCUAGUAAAUUAACUAGGAUUAUUAAUGGCCAGAGCUAGCUCAUUUGCCUGGGCAUAUCCUGGAAUGGUCCAGCGUCAUGAUGCAAUUUUAGGCCCAUGGGCAAAUCUUUGGACUGAUUUCAGCCCCAAAAGAUUAAAUCUGCUAAAUCCAAGCCUAAUUAAGCUUGAAUUGGGCUUUCUUUGCAGACCCCUUGGGCCAUGCACAGGACUCAAUAUCAUUCGCACCAAAAAAGGGGGUCUGUCUAGCACUAACCCUGUCAAGGAAUGAAUAUAACCCAUUAACGGACUAAAUUUCAUUCGAACCAAAUAAAAUGGCCUGUCUAGCACUAGCUGUUGUUCCAAUGCACAGGAAUUAAGAUUCAAUUCUACGUGACACCUUUGUUUAUGUACAGGGAGGCCAUACGUUCACGUAUCUUUUGUUUUUCAAAAACCAUACCAUAAAACCAACAUUAUCUUGCAGUCCAACCGGACUUGAGUUGAGCAAAUUACGGUCGAGUCCAAGUUGCAACCCUAGUAUUUAGC